AUGCCUAAGUGCAACAAGAAAGCGAGGGGCAAAAGGGUGCCAGAUAAAAAAGGUGGAAGGCUUGGUACCAAUAAGGAAAAAACGAGAUAUGUAGAUCCGUAUGCUGGAAAUGAAGUGAAUACAGACAUUGAUGCCAUUGUGGAAGAACUUGAACGCACAGAGGAGUCUGUAGAGCAUCCACAGCAGAUGCCUCCAAAAGUACAAGAGAAGAAACAAAAUAAACGUCGGGUGGCGAAGAUUGAAGGCGUUACGGUGAAACCUGGUAUGACAGUUGCGCAGGCAUACAAGAUAGCGAAUAAACUUCGACAACAAAAGCCGUUGAAAAAUAUACCCAGUCAAUCUUUUGAUGAUGGAGAAGAGAAGGAAGAUGAUGCAGGAGGGGGAAGUGGUGAGGAUUACAGUGAUACAGCCAAUGAACGUCAGACAGAAUACCGUAAGGGAGGCUAUCAUCCUGUGGUAGUUGGUGAGGUUUACCAUGAUCGCUACCGAAUUGUUAAAAAACUUGGUUGGGGUUAUUUCUCUACAGUCUGGCUUGUAUGGGACUAUACAGAUGAGAGAUAUUAUGCAAUGAAAAUACAAAAAUCGGCUAGACAUUAUACUGAAGCUGCAUAUGAUGAGAUUAAACUAUUGGGCGAUAUUAUGUCUGCAGACCCUGACAAAACUCGUUGUUGUGCUCGCUUAAACGACUACUUUGAGCAAACAGGUCCAAAUGGAACUCAUGUCUGUAUGGUAUUUGAUGUUUACGGGGAAGAUUUGUUAUCACUUAUUGAACGGUAUGAUUAUCGUGGUGUUCCUUUACCCAUAGUCAAGUGCAUUUCUCGACAAAUUCUUGUGGGUUUGGGGCAUGUACACUCGUUAGAGAUUAUUCACACCGACUUAAAACCUGAAAACGUCUUAUUAUCAACACCAAAGCAUUCUAUAAUAUCAUUAAUGAAACGAUAUAUUCCUCCUCCUUUGCAUCAGAGGCCACGACUCGUUGAGCGUGAUCCAAAGUGUAUGACAAAGUCACAACGAAGGCGUUACUAUAAAAAGCUCAAAAACAUAGAAAAAAAUGUCAGCACUAGUGAAAAUACUUCAGUGAACCUCUCCCAUAAUGUGACAGAGACUGAUAAUGAAAAUCGUAAUCUACAAGAAGGAGAACAAAAACAAAAUGAAACAGUUUCAGAAAGUGAUACAGAUUCAGACUGGGAAGUUGAACGCCUUCACCAUGUUGUACUGGCUGAUUUUGGUAAUAGCUGUUGGACCUACCGGCAGUUUACAGAUGAUGUUCAGACUCGUCAGUAUCGUUCUCCAGAAGUAAUUCUUGGAGAACCUUAUUCUACUCCAAUUGAUUUAUGGUCUGCUGCAUGCAUGAUUUUUGAACUUAUCACAGGUGAAUUUCUUUUUGACCCAAGGAAGGGUGAUAAUUACUCACGAGAUGAAGAUCAUUUAGCUUUGAUGACAGAACUUCUAGGUGAGCUACCAGAAAGUAUGCGUCUAGGUGAUGGUAAGUAUCGUUCUCAGUAUUAUAACUCACGUGGAGAACUGCGAAGCAUUAAGGAUCUCAACUUUUGGUCCCUAGAGGAUGUUCUCCACGGGAAGCAUAAAUUCACUCGCAAAAAGGCAAGUGAAAUUGCACAAUUUCUUCUUCCUAUGCUUGAGUUUGAUCCACAAAGGAGAGCGACUGCAAGUGAAAUGCUCGCUAAUUUUGAACACUUUUUUGAAAUUCAAGAAGAUGACUAUGCUCCCUUCUGUUUCGUUCCUACUGAAGCUGAGCAUCGUGAACAAGCCGGUGAAAGUUCAAGUGGUGAUGGCAGAUCUGAUUUUUCUGGUGAUUAUGAUGAUGAGGAUGAUGAUGAUGAUGAACAUUAUUAUGAUGAAGAGGUUAAACAACCACGUGAUACAAGGGUGGAAGUUAGUGAUGAAGAUGAUAUUGCAGACGCUAUCCGAUAUUGGGAAAGACAUCCGAUUCUCAACAAACAGUCAUUACAGAAACGCGGUCUUACUGUAAACGACAUUCAAGCUGUGCUUUCUGGGAAACGUCUAGAGAACGCAGCAGCUCAAGAAGCUGCAAAUGAGGUUAUUCGCUUGCUUUCAGAAGAAACAGAUGAUGGAAGUGAGGAUCAAAUGGUGUACAAGGAAGUUGAUGCGGUGUCCUCUACGAGUGACUAUAAUGGCAGCACAGGUGGCGCCAAGGUUGAUUAA